UCCUGCAGCAGAGAGGGAGAAAAGGCCCGGCAAGGAAGGAAUGGGAAGGCAACUUGGGGAGUUCACUGCUGGUGAACAGUGGCCCCUCUCACAUAAUGAACAGUGGAGGCCAACUGAGCUUUAGUAGAUAUAAAAAUGUAAGGCUUCUAAACCUAGAUAUCCUGCAUAAUCCCCCAAAUGUCUUCAGCUUCGACGUCCCAACCUAUUGUUCCUAAAACCAAUUAUAUUGAGGAGAAGGAAGACCGGGAAGCCUACCGGAAAAUUGAUGUUGAAAUAUGUAGAGAAAUGCUGCCAAAUCUUCCGAAAGAGAAGGGUUGGAUCUCUUAACACUUGGUUCAGUACAAAGGGGUCUGGCUAAACCCCACCUUUGCCCUAAAAGCAGCGGUGCAGCUUCAACACCAUUUCAACUUAUUCCAAACAACUGGAAGUUCUACCAGCGCCGCCGGUGGGUCGUCGCCCAUAUGCUUCUUGGCCUCAUUUCCGAAAUCAGGUACAACGUGGCUUAGAGCACUCAUGUUUGCUACACUCAACAGAAGCCUCUAUGAUGCUGCCUCUCCUCAUCAUCCCUUGCUCACAACUGGGCCCCACGACUGUUUUCCUUUCUUGGAUAUGGAUGACAUGCUUGGAAACCAUGAUCACAACCGUCCAGUAACCUCACUUGAUCAUGAUCACGACGAUCGUGACGGUGGUGAUGGUAUGAUUAAUAAUUAUGUUCCGCCUACAAGCACUACUCAACUCUUUGCGACCCACCUGCCUUACUCUUUGUUACCAAAAUCUGUGACUACUUCUAGUAGUACUUGCAGUGUGUCAAAAUUCGUAUACGUUUACCGUAACCCUAAAGAUGUAUUCAUUUCUUCAUGGAUCUUCGCGAGCAAAGUUAGAGCAAUAAACACAAGACUUGCACCCUUCUCACUAGAAGAAGCAUUUGAGAUUUUCUGCCGCGGAGUCUGCCCAUACGGGCCCUAUUGGGACCAUGUGCUAGGGUUUUGGAAAGCAAGCUUGGAAAUGCCAGAGCAAGUUUGGUUCUUAAAAUAUGAGGAUCUCAAGAAGGAGCCAUCUGCUAAUGUGAAAAGACUGGCUGAGUUCUUGGGUCAACCUUUUUCAGAGGAGGAGGAGAGCAAAGGGGUGGUGCAACAGAUCAUAAAGCUUUGUAGUUUUGAGAAUCUGAGCAGCUUGGAGGUAAAUAAAACCUCCAGGACGCAACAGUACUUUGUUAAAGCCAAUAUUGUCUUCGAGAACAGUGACUUCUUCAGGAAAGGCCAAGUUGGGGAUUGGAAGAACUUCUUCACUGAUGAUAUGGCAAAAUGUAUGGAUCAGAUCGUAGAUGAGAGGUUCAGUGGUUCUGGAUUGACAUUUGCUAAUCCCACUAGUACAAAAACAUGUUUGUGCGACGCAGACAAUUUCGUUGCGCAAAGUAUGUUUGCGCGACGCGACGCACAAGACGUUGCACAAGUAAUCUUUGCACGACGGAACUUUGCGCGACGAAGGUAUGCGUCGCGCAAAGUGACUACUUGCGCAACGUCUUGUGUGUCGCGCAAAACUUGUACGUCGCGCAAGAGUUUGGCGCCAAACCACGCUUGUUUUACCGUUUUUUCCACCUUUGCGCGACGCCUGGCUUCGUCGCGCAAAGUCAACGCGAAAAUCUACAUUUUUAUCUUUCUUUCCAGUGUUCUAAUACAAGUCAAAAGCUCCAUAGCUGCCUUCCCCUCUUCCUCACCUGCAAACCUCCAUAGUCGCCUGAUCACAUUCUUUGGAAUUAUCUUAUUCAGUUUUGUAAGAGGGUGACCACUCGGCAUGAAGGCUAGAUGUUUCCCCUGUCAUUAAUACUUCAUUGUAUCCUCUCCCCACUUUGUUCAAAUUGCUGAAAAUUCGGCCAUAUCAAAAGGGAGUACCUACUUGUCCUGUGGUAAUGUUAGCAACUCUGUUCUUUGUUUGUAUGUGAUGUAUUGAUAUGUGCUUUUGUAUUUUGCUUCAUUCAGGCUGAAUUCACCCCAGAAGAUCUUGAUUCCCGAAAACGUCUAUUGAACAUUGAAGUAUGUUUAACCAUUCUUUUGUUCAUUUGCAUUGUUCUCACGUGUUUGAAAAUUGGAUUUGCUGAAUCUCCACUUGUCCAUAUAAUCUUUUCAUGUGUGUUUAUUACUAAAUGUUUUUGGGAGUUGUGACCAAGAAACUAUUGUACCAACUACCAGAUGAAAGUUUAGAUUGUGCUUUGAUUAUACUUGAACUCAUUAACUGAGUGAGGUGAUUUAAAAACCUCUAUGUUAUUCAUCCAUUUUUAUAUAUGAUUGUAUUGAAAUUUUGGUUGAUAUUACCCAAUAUAUUGAAAAAUUUGAUCUUUUUUGUUCUUAUCAUGCAUAUAUGAUUGAGGGUAAAUACUCAAUUUGGUAAAUACCCAAUAUAUUGAAAAUUUUGGUCUCCUAUUGAUGAUGGCAGUGUAGCACAAAGGGACUCUUUCUCUAACUUGAGGGUAAAUACAC